GUUCAAAGACAGUUAGUUGCCUUGGCAAGUUCUAGUGUAAAAACACUCCCUAUAUCGCAACUUUGUUACACACAAUGUAGCGAAUAGUACGAGUUUCCAGGAAUGCGUGCUACUAGAUCAAUAGAGACCAAGUUGUGCAACGCGAUCACAUGCGAUGAUAGACGCGCAAUCAUAGUUGAACAAUGAACGACGGCCUCGUUUCAGGCGUUUAUCCUUGGCAGAAUCCCAAGUCAUAAGUAGGAGCCGUGUUGCUUCCAUCUUUUCUCUAUUCCCCCCAGUUCGUAUACCGUGUUGACCUUGUCUGCGCCCCUAGAGCUGUGUAUUUCUGGACGCCUGAAACGUCAUGGCGGCUGCGAUAGUCAACACCUCAAGCAGACUUACCAACGUACAAAGCCUCCAAAGCACUCCGAGCAACGACCGUGGUUCGGCAUCCCGCACGGCAGCCGGCCAUUACGAAACGUUGUUUCAUAAGGAAAUAGCUCCUUGGAUAUAUUCCGACGUCUACAAGGCCUCCGAUAUCACAUUCGAUGCACUACUCAAACACUUCCUUGAAGUCGCAUUGCUAGGGCAACCAGAUCCAGAGGAUGCAUCUAAGGAUGAGCUGUUCAAAAAAUGUCUCGCAGCAGUGCUCCCGCUCGCUAACGACGCAGUCAUGCGAGCGAAGUGGGAAGCUUAUCGUACGGCUAAGGGUGAAGCGCAGCGAUACACGCCCUUCGUGAACGCGAACAACCACGUCUUGGAAAAAUUGAAAGAUCUAGAUGCGCCUUACCUUGGCAAAGGUUCGGAGUUCGAUACACUCUUCCAUCAAUGCGACCCAGACGUUUUGAUCGGUGAACACGAUGGCCUACGAUCUCAUCGUAAACCGGACGUGAUACAGACUUCCCUUGCUGCAGUCCGACUCGCACAGGAGGAGCCGCUUAUGUCGUGGCAAAAUGCCAAAGAGAAGGCCACCUCAAAACCUAAGACGAAAUUCUCGUGGAGUGGCGUGAUGACGGCCUACGAGCUCAAGGCUUUUGACAACGACAUCAAGCCGCUCCCCAAGGGUAACUACGAUACAUCUCUGCAUGUCACGGUUCCCUACAUCGAUAGGGAACGUAUCGCCAUUGCGAAGCCCAGUACGGCACCCGCGAAGCCUUUGGAUGACCCGUUCACUGACCAAAAUGCGGCGAGUGGGACGGGGCCCCAGGCAUCCAGUGGAAAAAAGCGAUCUAAGUCAAAAGCCAAGACCGGGUCCCAUUUAAGAACAGCCACUACUUCUGGAGGUGGUAGGCCAAACUUGCGUAGUGGUGGUCCUCCUGAUGUUCCGGAUCCUGAGGAUGCCAGUCCUGCUGCUUCCAAUCCUGACGAUGCCAAUCCUGCGGCACCAGAAGAUACACAGCCACCAGAUGGCAAAAAGAUGCCGGACUAUGAUGGUCCUGAGAAAGUGCCGCCGGUGAUUCAACUGGCGUCUUACGCAUCUGAAAUGCUGUGCCGCGCCCCAGUAGUCAACCACUGCUUCAACUUUCUCGUCGUUGAUGACGUCAUCUGGAUUUGGUACUACGAUCGCCAAGGUGUUAUACAGUCGACUGGCCUCAACUUUCUCCAAGACCUCCCUCGUUAUCUUCUUCUCAUGCUCACCCUCCAACGCUUCCGCGAUUUGGAAGAUUGGGGAAUCAAUAUGGAUUUCGACCCCUAUGCCGUGAAGCUUCACACGGGACAAUUCAAGGACCGAAAAAGAGCGGACAAGUUCAAGGAAGGUGAUAUCGUCGUCACCAUUCCUUCGGCCUCUAAAAAAAUCAAAGUGAAGUUCAAUCCCAAAAAAGACCAGCAAUAUGGACGUCUGUCGCUUUUGGGUCGUGGUACUCGUGUCUUUAACGUGAAGAGUCAGUCUACAUGCCCAGAUCCUGACCACAAGGAAAAGACUCUCAAGCUCGCCGACGAGAAUCUGGUCAUGAAAGUCUAUUGGCCCGAUAAAUCGAGGACCAGCGAGUCCGAUAUCGUUUCCACCGCGCGUUCUAUAGUCAGCGAACAUCAGCCAGACCUACUCGAUAAUCUCCCCGUUAUCUAUCACUCGUAUGACUACGAAGGCACCGACACCUCAAAAAUACGAGUGUCCCUAGGUUUGCCCAUAAAAACAGUGAAAAAGAUAGUCACUGGGCGGAUCCUCCGGGUUCUUCUCAUGGAACGACUAGAAAGUAUGAUGACGCUUCAGCCUCAGUUGUUUAUGUCGUCGUGGCUGCAGGUCGUGAAAUGCCAUUACUUUGUCUGGGAAUGUGGCGUGGAACAUUCUGAUAUCAGCGAAGGAAAUGUCAUGUAUCGCACCAAGAAGAAGGGCAACAUCAUAUAUGGCGUUCUGAAUGACUGGGAUCUCGCUACACUUCGGAACAAAACAGAUCAUGGUGGUCUCGAACGGACGGGAACCAUCCCGUUCAUGGCUUUGGAUCUGCUCACCGAGAAGUACUGGAAGGGAAAGAUCAAACGACUUUACCGACAUGACUUGGAGUCCCUUGUCUGGCUUCUCCCUUGGGUCUCCCUCAAUUACACCUCAGACGGUUAUAGACUUAACGGCCAGGUCAAGUACUGGAUCACCGGGAAUUACAUGGCUUGUCGCAAAGAGAAGAAUGAUUUCCUUAACUCCCUUUCAGAAUUCCACAUCGACGGGUUAUGGCAGGAUAUGAGAGCGAUUAUUGGGAAACCCCUGGGUUGGCUGCUACGCUUUCGUACGAAUCGUGAAUUAACGCUAGAAGACAAUCCAGGGAGCUGGAUCGAACCAGGUGACCAGAGUCUCUACCUUGAGGUCAUGGACACGGUAGCCACAGCCAUGGCGAGGUUCCCCGACAUCUCAGUGCCGACUUCUCAAGUAGAUAUUCCGGUGGAAUACAGACUUCCCCCGACACCCCCACCCGCGCCGGUUACUGAUAAUAAUGCUGCGCCCGUCGUGAAUAGCGAGCAGGCCGUUGAAACCACAGACAAGGACACACAGGACAAUCUGGAAGGAGAGGACGCCCUCCGGGAGCGGGGUUCUCCUCGUAUGUCCCCGUCUCGGGAUAGCGAGGCAGGAUUAGGUAUGCCAAUUGCUGCAUUGAUGAACGCAAUGCCGCCUCCAGAGACUGUUACGAAGGGAAGGGGUCGGAAGGAUAAGGAGGGGAAGGCCCCGCAGUCAGAUUCGGACCCACGCCGUACGUCGAGAGUGCGCGUGCAGAAUUCGGAUUACGAUGCCGUUCCUUGGUUGAAUAACAAGACGAGCUCAACUUAGCGUUUCAAAGUAUCGUUCUCUCCGAAUUACUCAGGACUAUGUCUCGCGUAGUAUGUAAGUUUAUACCAGUUUCUACUUCAUUUCUCGGGUAUGCUGGGAAUAGCAUAGUAUCCGUAUACUGUAUAUAUGAUGACAGUUGUAGCAAUCGUAACGGUGCUAGCUCAAGGGAUUUUAGUUCUUAUAUCUUUGAGUGAUGCGGGUAAUAGUGUACAUGAUGGCAGG